CUUACUACAUGAGCAUUUUUUGUCCGCCAUGAUGGAUCCUAGAAAUCGGGAUCCCAAAAAGAAAAAAUGCAUUAUUUCGUCUUAGAUGGCGAUUUAACCAAAUAAUAACCACAAAAUGUGUUAGAACGAUAUUCAAAUUUGUUACUUCGGACAAUAUUUUCCCCCUGCACCUUUUGUGCAGCGUUGUAAAUUUCAAGUUUGAGUGCCGCACUCAGUAAGAGGAAUCAACAAGAUGAGUAAGUUAUCCUUCCGAGCUCGACAGCUCGACUCAAAUAAGCCUCUUCCAGUCUAUCAAGCCGAUGAACUGCCAGAUCUGUCGGAAUUCAGCACGAUUAAUCGAGCAGUUCCUCAAAUGCCGACUGGAAUGGAGAAAGAAGAGGAAUCGGAACAUCAUUUACAACGAGCAAUCUCAGCACAGCAGGUUUAUGGUGACACUCAGCAGCUUGUCAUUCCAACUCCUGAGAGCGAAGAAAUGAAAGCUGUUCCAUCGUUGGUCCGGAAUAACUUCAAGCAGCCUAAGCAGUACAUCCAUGUCCAAGCUUAUGGUUUGAAUGAAGACGUUCCAGAAUAUGAYAUGGACAAUGAGGAUGAAAAAUGGCUGGAAGGAUUCAAUAAGAAAAAGGAGAUUCUUACUGUGUUGCAAUUUGAAGGAAUUCUUGAGAAACUGGAAAAAGGRAUGGGAGCUCAGGCUUGCAUGUCUUAUGGGGAUGCCAAGGCAUUAUUGCAAGAAAGUGAAGAWAUUGUGAAACCUGUCUAUGAAUAUUGGACAAGUAAACGUGAAAAGCUAGACGAUUCUUCAAUUUGCCUAAUUCCACAAGUAAGAGGAGAGAAAAGAGAUGGCACAACUACAAAUGAUCCAUAUGUUGCCUUCAGAAGAAGAACAGAAAAAAUGCAAACUCGAAAGAAUCGAAAGAAUGACGAAGCAGGCUAUGAAAARAUGUUGAAACUAAGGAGGGAUCUUAAAAGAGCUUGUACUAUCUUGGAUAUGGUGAAAAGAAGAGAACAAACUAAGAAAGAAUUACUAGAAUUGACUGUAAAUGUGUUUGAAAAAAGAUAUACUGCUGGAGACUUCACUGGCCAGAUACUUCAACAAUGUCUAGAUCUUAUCCGUUACCAACCUCCUGCAACCAACCUUACAGUUCCAUCAACCAUGCAUAGUGAUAAUCUAACACCUGGACCUAAUAUUGAUGUACAUAGAGAUUAUUUGAUGAAACGAAAACAUGAUGAAAGAGCAAGCCUGAAAAAUGAUUAUAUYGAAUCUGGGUAUGUUAGAUGUAAAAAUAUGAGUCAUGGUCUGACGGCAGAUGGYCAGGCAAUAUUUAGUGAUAAUGAAGAAGAAGUUGGACCUCUUUCUCCAUCGCAACUUGAGCUACCUUCAGAACCAGAGGAGGAAGAAGAUGAUCCUGAUGGUAGAUAUGCAUUUAAAAGAAAGAAGGGUGUUAAAUACCUCCCACCUCGAUUYGACUCACCGGCACCGUAUCCAUGGGUAGAUUCUUUGGAGGGAGGUCUGGGUGACAAACGUUAUCGAUAUUCUUGUACUUCUGUUUCAUCUCCUCAGAGACUUAUAGGUUUUGCCCGACGGAGAAGAGGCCGGGGAGGAAGAAUAUAUUUUGAUCGAGCAUGGACACCAAUGGCAGAAAAUGUUGAAGACCUAGAAUCAUUAUUAAAUUCUUCAUUAUCAUCAUCAUCKUCACUUAAUCUGCCAAAUGGACUGUUUCCAUAUGAUCAUUUAACAGGAAUGAAAAAGCUUACCAUACCUCACUAUCGACCUCGAUCUUCUACUAAGAACACAGCUACUCAACAACUUUCUUCUCAACCUGAAAUUCCACCAAAUGAUUCAAAUMCUAGUGUUUCCACUAGUUCGACUGGUCAACCCAGACCACGUAUCCACCGGAGUUUUUCAACACAACCGCGAUCGAAAUUCUCUUUAAAUACUUCGCMAUCAAAUGGACUUGUAGGCACAAACUUUACACAUACGAAUCCAACGGUGCAUUGUGGGAAUGGCCGAAGCUCUUUACCCAAUGGRCCUGUUGCUACACAAAGUGGACAAAAUUCCACAUGGACUAGUAGCUCUAUGAAUGCUACACCAACUAAAAAUGUGUAUUCUACGGCGCCUAUUAAAGCUGUUUACGCGCUUAACUUUCCACUUAACUCCAGUACGUCCAAUCAGUUGAUAUCCAAUUCUCUUGUUCGUGGGAAUGCACCAUUUUCACCGACAUCAACCAAUCCACCGUCAUUACUUAGUWCAACGAAAACYUCAUCKAGCUUUGCAAAUCUUUCGACUACUAGUGACUUUGAAAGCAUAUCAAAUCUUGCAAGACCAGAACCUUUUAAAAGACAAACUAGUAUCGACGUUGUCAAUGCGACGUGAUGACGUCAUAGAAUAGACGAUUUUUAAAGUACAUUUAUUAAUUAGCCAGCGCGGGUACUAUCACUACACAUGCGUGGGUAUUCGCUGUAUAGAAUGAUCUAUUUAUAAACAAUUCAUCAAAUCGGCGCAUAGAUUCAUUGAUUUUCCGUAGUACUCAAAUACAAAAGUGUUUCGAUGUAAUACUAGCAAGCAACUCCAGGUACUCUCAUUAGUUUUUUUUCAGGAAUUUUAGCGUUUUUGUAAGUUUGUUUAUACAUUUUGGUAACACCUUGCUGACUUAAGUUUGACAUGUAAUUUUAUUCUAACAGUAACAUGCAUUGAGUAUAAUUUCGUAAAAYGCCUGAGAAAUGUUUAUUUUAUGUUGUAUCCAUUAGCAGCUGUUGCUUAUUAACACUCGACUAUUGCAGUUCUUUUUAAACAUUUCUCGUAGUAAAAAUUUCUUUUUGUACAUAAUUUUCAUAAAAAUCWUUGCCAUUUUUCGUAAAAUAUGAGUCUUUGUUUUGCCAUCGUUCUGGUAGGACACCUGACUUUCAUCAAUGUUACAUAAUAUUGUUUUUUUGUUUUUGCUUUAUGCUUGCUGUUCGAAAUAGCACUCAAAAAGUACAGAUUUUUCAUACAAAGCAAUUCUAAUGACGGAACAGGCUUCGGACAGUAGCAUGGAAACAUUGCAAUUCUGACUUAUUUAUUACGAAUUCAAGAGAAAAUGGACAAAACUAUUAUUUCAACAAUUGGGCGCGCCCAGUCGACUACAAUAUAAAUGAUGAAAGGGUAUUUCAUCUAUUAGGUAUGCAUAGAAGUUUUCUAUCGGUCCAUUCACGAAUUGAUGUGAAUGUCAGUCGGACAAUAUUGUAUAUUGUAGUCCGGUAACAUUUGUGCUUAAUAAACCACUUCGUACAAUAAUAAACAUUUGUUGUCUUGUA